CGACAAACCGGAAGUACCUUGUGGACUUCGGCGGCACGCUGUCUUCAUCCCUAGCUCGGUAACCCCGAGCAAGCCCGCGAAAGGGGAUUGGGCCAAUCAGGAGGCUGCGAUCACAAAGUCAGAGCCAAUCGCCGCUCGGCAUCCGUAGACUGAGUCAAAUUCUGCGAUCAGAGCACCGGGUCAGAGAGAGGAGACAGCGGAGAGAUGUCCCUAACCUGCUACAUCAGCAAUGAGGUCACUGACCGCCCCUGUGUCUCCCCACUUUCGGGUCAUGUGUUUGAUCGGCGUCUCAUUGAGAAGUAUUUGGCUGAAAAUGGGACAGAUCCUGUGACUAAUCAGCCACUAAGUGAGGAGCAGCUUAUAGACAUCAAAGUUGCUCAUCCAAUUCGUCCCAAGCCACCAUCUGCUACAAGUAUCCCAGCAAUCCUGAAGUCUCUGCAAGAUGAAUGGGAUGCUGUGAUGCUCCAUAGCUUCACGUUGCGGCAGCAACUACAGACUACUCGUCAGGAGUUGUCUCAUGCACUCUACCAGCAUGAUGCUGCUUGUCGUGUCAUAGCCCGUCUUACCAAAGAAGUGACAGCUGCUCGUGAAGCUUUGGCUACUCUGAAGCCUCAGGCUGGUAUAUCCGUACCUCAAGCCAACCCAACACCGCAGGCUGGAGUAGCUGGCUCAGGAGAAGCCAUGGACCUUGGUGAACUGGUGGGAAUGUCAGCGGAGAUCAUACAGAAGCUUCAAGACAAAGCCACAGUUCUUACUACGGAGCGUAAGAAGCGUGGUAAGACUGUUCCAGAGGAUCUGGUCAAACCAGAAGAACUCAGCAAGUAUCACCAGGUCUCCUCUCAUGUGGGUCUACACAGUGCAAGUGUCCCUGGAAUCUUGGCUUUGGAUUUGUGUCCAACCGAUACCAACAAAACACUUACAGGUGGAGCAGACAAAAGUGUUGUUGUGUUUGAUGCUCUUUCUCAGCAAAUCCUUGCCACCCUUAAAGGUCAUACCAAAAAGGUCACCAAUGUCGUGUUCCAUCCUUCUCAGGAGCUGGUGUUUUCUGCUUCUCCAGACUCUACUAUAAGAGUGUGGUCUGUUCCAGAUGCCUCGUGUGCUCAAGUUCUCAGAGCUCACGAAGGGGCUGUAACUGGUCUAAGUCUGCAUGCCACUGGAGAUUAUCUGCUGAGUUGUUCAGAUGAUCAGUACUGGGCGUUCUCUGAUGUUCAUGUGGGACGUGUUCUCACCAAAGUGACUGACGAGGCAUCAGGCUGUGCUCUCACGUGUGCUCAAUUCCACCCUGAUGGUCUCAUCUUUGGCACGGGGACAAUGGAUUCACAAAUCAAGAUAUGGGAUCUUAAGGAACGAUCUAAUGUGGCAAACUUCCCUGGUCACUCUGGCCCCGUCUCAUGUGUUGCGUUCUCUGAAAAUGGGUAUUAUCUUGCUACUGCAGCUGAUGAUUCCAGUGUUAAACUCUGGGAUUUGAGGAAACUGAAAAAUUUCAAGACACUGCAACUAGAGGAUGGAUACCAGGUGCGCUCCCUAGUGUUUGAUCAAAGUGGUACGUAUUUGGCUGUCGGUGGAACAGACAUCCAAGUUUACAUCUGCAAGCAAUGGGCUGAGGUUCUGCAUUUCACAGAUCACAGUGCUCUUACAACUGGCUUGGCUUUUGGCCAGAAUGCAAAGUUCUUGGCAUCUACAGGGAUGGAUCGCAGUCUGCGUUUCUACAGCUUGUGACCUGAAAAUGCAUUCGUGCCAUGUUAAUGCUAUGUGACUACACGUUUGACACAGCUCCAGUAACAUGCUUCUAAUUCGUGACCUGUGACACGCUUCCAAUGUGCGUGUAUUGCAACAACUCUGCAGGUGGUAAAUGUAAAGUGUUGGAAGUGUAUGUUCUUUGUUCUGCCUCCAACACCCUGUGUUACAGCCCAUACACCAAUAUCUUUACAUGAAUGCACGCAAUGCUGGCAGAGUAACACGCUUCUCAUGCAGUGUGGCUCCAAAUGUGUGCAUAGUAGCUGUGUAGCAUGUCUAGUAGUCUGACCAGAGGUAAAUCUUUUCCUGCCAGCCCUCCAGUCAGAUGCCUCUACAAACUCACCUUAUCUCACUUAUUUUUCUCAUCAUUCAUCUCUUUUCUCAUUCAUGAAACUUUUCUGCAUUUUGUUACUUCUAGGCUUUUUUAAAAAAAAAUCUAAAACUUUUUCUCUCCAAGCUCUGUAUCUUUCUCACAAUUACCAAUGUCUUUUUUUUUUU